ACGCUUGGGUUCCAGCGCAGAUUGUGUGUGGCUUCUGGUCCUAGGAGCGUUGGGGUUUGCUUGCCUUCCUGUUCUGAAGACCUGAGGUCGGCCGCUAGGUCUGGGAGAUUAGCAACGCGAGGCUGUUCCUCCUGGUUUUCUAAUUCUACCCGCGGGAGCCUUCAGGGAAACGCGGAAAGACGAGAAGGGUGUAUGCCCGGUGACCGGCCCCUUCCGCGUCUGGAUUGUCUUGGGUUCGUGCCUGGAGCUACUACUAUGUGGAAUCGUUUCCUAGUCGUCACUUCUGGCAUGCCUUGAGAGGGGUGAAAGGCCUUUCCCUUACCCACUCCCUUCAGGGCCCCAAAGACGUGCAGAUUUGUCUAAUUUCUAGACACGUGUUUUGAAAUGUUGUGUGGAUGGGAGCUUAAGUGUUGAAGAACAAAGUGGGAACUCCUAAAAUUUUAAGGGAUUCCAAAACUGACUUUUGACUACCAGGCGCGUGGGAUUCGUGAUUGUCCUUCGUUAUCCUGUGGCUCCAACAUGAACUUACCUUCAUGCUUAAGUCAGCUCUGCAGGGCUUUACCCAGACGCAUUGGAAGUACCACUCAGUUGAUCUUGCGUUCUCUCUCCAGAAGUCUGGUGCUAAGUUCACAGAGGAGAAUUCCAGAAUUUAGUAGCUUUGUUGCCCGAACGAACACAUGUGGAGAAUUGCGUUCUUCUCACUUAGGCCAAGAAGUCACCUUGUGUGGAUGGAUUCAGUACCGAAGGCAAAACAUCUUCCUGGUCCUAAGAGAUUUCCAUGGGCUUGUUCAAGUUCUCAUUCCCCAGGAUGAGUCAGCUGCCUCUGUGAAGAAGAUUUUAUGUGAUGCCCCUGUGGAAUCUGUGGUGCAAGUGUCUGGGACAGUCAUUUCCCGACCUCCAGGACAAGAGAAUCCAAAAAUGCCAACAGGUGAGAUUGAAAUCAAAGUUAAAACAGCUAAACUUCUGAAUUCCUGCCGGAAGCUGCCCUUUGAAAUUAAGGACUUUGUGAAGAAAACAGAGACUCUCCGUUUGCAGUAUCGAUACCUAGACUUACGUAGUUUCCAAAUGCAAUAUAACCUGCGGCUGAGGUCUCAGAUGGUCAUGAAAAUGCGGGAAUAUCUCUGUAAUCUGCAUGGGUUUGUGGAUAUAGAAACCCCAACCCUGUUUAAGAAGACCCCAGGGGGUGCCAAAGAGUUUUUAGUACCAUCUAGGGAACCUGGGAAGUUUUAUUCUCUCCCUCAGAGUCCUCAACAGUUUAAGCAGCUUCUGAUGGUUGGCGGGUUAGACAGAUAUUUUCAGGUCGCCCGAUGUUAUCGAGAUGAAGGUUCAAGACCAGACAGACAGCCAGAGUUUACUCAGAUUGACAUAGAGAUGUCUUUUGUAGACCAGACCGGGAUUCAGCGUUUGAUUGAGGGUUUACUCCACUGUUCCUGGCCCAGUGACAAAGAUCCUGUGGUGGUUCCUUUUCCUUCCAUGACUUUUGCUGAGGCACUGGCCACCUAUGGAACUGAUAAACCUGACACUCGCUUUGGAAUGAAGAUUAUCGAUAUCAGUGAUCUGUUUAGAAACACAGAGAUUGGAUUUCUUCAAGAUGCACUUAAUAAACCCGAAGGAACCAUCAAAGCCAUAUGUGUCCCUGAAGGAACAAAAUACUUUAAAAGGAGAGAAAUUGACUCCAUCAGAAAAAUUGCAGCUGACCAUUUUAAUCAGGAAGUCUUACCUAUAUUCCUGAAAGUCGGUAGAAACUGGAAUUCUCCAGUUGCUAAACUCAUAAUAGAGGAACAAAGACUGGAAUUAACCAGAUUAAUGGAGAUCCAAGAGGAAGAUAUGGUCCUCUUAACUGCAGGAGAACACAAGAAAGCAUGCUCUUUGUUGGGAAAAUUACGACUUGAGUGUGCUGAUCUUCUGGAAAUGAGAGGAGUGGUCCUCCGUGACACGUCUCUGUUCUCUUUCCUUUGGGUGGUGGAUUUCCCACUCUUCCUUCCCAAGGAGGAAAAUCCCAGUGAGCUGGAGUCUACCCACCACCCAUUUACUGCUCCCCACCCCAAUGACAUCCACCUCCUAUACACUGAGCCCAAAAAGGUCCGUAGCCAACACUAUGACCUGGUUUUAAAUGGCCAUGAGAUAGGAGGUGGUUCUAUCCGAAUUCACGAUGCAGAGCUACAGCGUUACAUCCUGGAAACACUACUAAAGGAAGAUGUGAAAUUGCUCUCCCAUCUGCUCCAGGCUUUAGAAUAUGGGGCACCCCCUCAUGGAGGAAUUGCAUUAGGGUUAGACAGACUGAUGUGCCUUAUCACUGGAGCUCCAAGUAUCAGAGAUGUCAUAGCCUUCCCAAAAUCCUUCCGGGGACAUGACCUCAUGAGCAAUGCCCCAGAUUCUGUUCCUCCUGAGGAACUGAAGCCUUAUCACAUCCAGGUCUCCUGGCCAACAGAUGCAGAAGCAGAAAAGAGUUCAUUGAAUUAUCUACACCAACCAAAAAGUUGAGCUUUUGAGUUUUGUCCUCUUAGCUUCCCUAAGGCUAAAGUCAGAUGCAGAAUUCUGCCACAGAGCUGACAAUCAACUCCAUAGGUAGAAGGAAUCCAGGUAACACUCUUCACCACAAUGAAGAAACAAGAUACACAAUUUUGACUUGA